AUGGCGUCCAGGUUACCAGAGAACAACCUCGUUGCACGGCGCAUCGCAAAGUUGAGGGCUUCUAGAUCGCGUCUCCGAAAGGAAUUGGAUGACGAUUCUUCGGAGGACAAGGAGUACGACAUAAUGAGCAAGCCUCUUUUCCGACGCAUCAUGGACGCGGUUGAAGAACAUGAUCAUUACUUUGUGCAGAAAAGGGAUGCAGCUGGCGUGCUUGGUCUGAGUUGUUUCCAGAAAGUCACUGCUGCACUUCGUAUGCUCACAUAUGGGGUUUCUGCUGAUGCUACAGAUGAGUAUGUUCGUAUUGGCGAAAGCACUGCACUUGAGAGUCUUUGUAAGUUCGUUAGAGCAGUUGUAGAAAUAUUUUAA